UUUGGGAAAGAGUAAAAGGACAAGUGGGAAAGAGACCAAACAAACACCCAAAACAUGGAAAAUCCCUGGUUCUGUUGCCAAGAAUCCAGCACAGUAAAAAUUCAACUCGGCCGGGCUCUAAAACUGUUUAGAGAGGGUAGUGGAUAAAAUUAUUAGCACUGGUAACAGGCAGAUUUGGUAUCCAGUCUCUGAUCUGAUGUCAUCAAUUCUCUGAUUCUCCUUAGAAGUCAUUUUUUACCUAAAGUUGGCUCUGUACUUGAUUAGUCAUCUUAUCUUCCAUAAACUCUGUUUGACCAGUUGGAGACAGGUCAGCUGGCGAAUAAAAUCUACAGUACAGUAUGUAUGCUUAGUCACUCCUUUCUUGUGAAGAUAAGGUUACAUGACAUAGUUGUAUUCUUUUGUUGUAAUCAUACUAGCAUUGGGAUUUCAUGAAAUACCUAUCAGUGAAUAAAUGAACACAAUAAUCAAAUAAUUUUGUCUGAAAGUGUUUUGUGAGUUUAACGUCUGUGACCUAUUUAGGAUUAUAUUUAAGAGUCUCUGUUGUGUAGAAGUCACACUCCCUGUCCUAUUUGAUGCCAAAGACCAACCCUUCUGCUAUCUUUAGGAUGGCUCUAUUUUGAGCAACAGCAAAGCAGGGCAGAGUGACUGACGCUACAGUGCUACUAAAACAUGUAUGGUUAGUGUCAACUCUGGACUAAAACUCUAAUUAGGUUGGACUUACUUUAAGCUUGCAGAGCGGAUGAAAUACUAGGUAAGUUAAGAGAAGCUGGAGGAGUUAUGGAGCCUCCCAGCAGCCCUGGGCUGGACACAGUUAUGAACGAGGCUUCUGACUUGGCGGAGGGACAGGGGCUGACACACGUUCUCAGAGUGCAAGUGGACGGAAGUGUAUUCACUGUGGACAGGGCAUUGUUGGCCCAGAAUUCAGAGUACUUUCGUGCUCUUUUUCGUUCUGGGAUGAAAGAAAGCCAUCAGGAUGAGCUCUAUUUGCAGGGAGGUCUAAGUGCAAGGGGUUUCCUUAUGGCUAUGGCUGUUGCAAGGGGUGAGCAGCCAAGCAUCAGUGACCCUGAUGAGAUUGUGGAAGCUGUGGAAUGUGCUGCCUUCCUUCAAGUAGAUACCUUGAUGCAGCAUCUUAUAGACAUCAUAGACACCGACAAUUGCUUCCUCCUGUACCAUACGGCUGCUGUGUUCGGCCUUUUGAGGCUAUUUCACAGUGCAGCAAUAUUUAUUCGUGAUUCCUACCGGGAUCUGAAUGAAGCAGCACAGGUUCUGCCAAAGGAGAUGAUUCACUAUGUGGAGACUCUUACACCUGCUUCUUUCAUUGCUAUGGGAACACAUUCACCCUCAAUGAAACUUUUACAGGACUCCUCUAGGACUGUGUGGUACCUGAAAGAGGAGAUAGGAGUGUGGAACUACCUGACUGAUCUUCCCACAGAGGCCAGCACCUCCAUGGCAGGGAUAGCUGUGGUGGACAACCGGCUGUAUGUAGUGGGAGGAGUGCGGGGGGUGAGCAUGGAGACGGUGGAUUUCAGUUACUGUUACAACACAGAGAACAACUCUUGGAGUGUGUUUGAUGGACCUCAGCAGCCUAGGUACAACUUCACACUUGUGGGUCAUGAAGGACACUUGUAUGCUUUCGGGGGUGAAUACGACAAAAGAAUAAUGUCUUCCUCAGAGGUGUGUGACAUUUCCACGCACAAGUGGACAUUUGUAAAAAAUGCCCCAUGUCCCGUGGCAGGAGCAGCAAGCACUGUUGCCCGAAGAAGGAUCUUUGUGUGUUUCUGGAAGCCACCAAAUACUACAGAUAUCUAUGAAUAUAUACCAGCCAAGGAUGAGUGGGUACUGACUACGACCAUGAUACAUUAUCAGAGUUAUGGCCACUGCAUGGUGGCGCAUGGUGAUAAACUGUAUGUAAUGAGGAAUGGCCCAUGUGAUGACUUCUUACGCUGCCAAAUGGACUGCUACAACAUCACCACAGGCCAGUGGACAUUCAUGCCAGGGCAUUAUAUCAACAGUCGUGGAGCCCUGUUUACGGCAAUGGUGAGAGGGGACUCAGCGUUUACAGUGAAUCGCAAUCUAACAUUGGAGUACCUGAUUUGUGGUGAUAACUGGAAACCACAUAGACAGAUGACAGGUUUUCCAAAGAGCGGAUCCCUCUGGACAUGCAUGCUUAGACUACCCAGGACCAAAAAUAAGGAGGAAGUAAAUACUACAAAUGAACCACUAGUGAUUGCUUCCGAUGAUGAGAAUAAGCAUGACAAUGUGUAGAUUAACUCAUCACAAUGUAUGAUUUUUAUACAAAAUAUGUAUUAUGCGUUACGAGUUGUAUUAUAUAUUGAGACUACUGUUGAUAGAGAGCACCACAACUUUAAAUUCAAUUACCAAGCCACUUUGGAUAAAAAUCAGAUGCAAUAAAACAGGGGAAUUUGUUCUUGGGGAAAACCCUUGCCUUUCUAUUACUACGCACAUAAACCGCACAUCCACUCCAGCAAUGGUUUUCAAAUGUCUGAAGCAGGUGUUGUUAAUCAUUUGCAGCACCCUGUGGAUCUGUGGAUGGGUCUGGAGUUCAAAGACUUCUCCACUAAUUCUCUCCAUCCUCCUGUAUGUCUAUCUGACUGACUACAGCAACCCAUAGAACAGCACGCACUUUGUCCAAAUCUUCCACUUAGGAUGAAAUUAGCACUUUGGCACUGAAUGUGAUUAUAUCACCUAAAACAGGAAUCGAUUAAAGAUAUAUAGGGAUAAUAAUGGAAAUGUUCACAAAAAACAAGGGCAGGACAAUUUUUUUAUCUAAGCAAACUGAGAAAUGGACUCUUCAUCCAUUAUGUAAGUUUGAACGCAACAGCAGAUAACAAAAGCAGAAGUCACUAUUAUGCAAAAUAAAAUAUGACGAUAUAGGAAAUAAUGCUUUAUGCAAUACAUUGUAUAACCCUGCAAGUGGCCAUUUUCUAUAACUUAUAUAGUCUAAUAAAGGAUUUUCUAUACAAUGU